AUGCCAUUGCCGCUAUCCCCUAACCCGUGCAGCCACACCACCGUGGCCGUGUGCUGCCCUUCCUGCGCUUCCACCACCCUGGUCGGGCCCGCUCGUGUGCCUGGGGGCGAGAAGACGGGAAGGCGGGAAGGCGGAGAGGUGGGGCCAGAGAGGGAGAGUCAUUUCGAGAUGCCAUUGCCGCUGUCCCCCAGCCCGUGCAGCCACACCACCGUGGCCGUGUGCCGCCCUUCCUGCGCUUCCACCACUUUGGUCGGGCCCGCUCGUGUGCCUGGGGGCGAGAAGACGGGAAGGCGGGAAGGCGGAGAGGUGGGGCCGGAGAGGGAGAGUCAUUUCGAGAUGCCAUUGCCGCUGUCCCCCAGCCCGUGCAGCCACACCACCGUGGCCGUGUGCCGCCCUUCCUGCGCUUCCACCACUUUGGUCGGGCCCGCUCGUGUGCCUGGGGGUACGUGGGUGACGGGAAGGAGGGAAGCCGGGGAGUUUUGCCCGCUCGUGAGCCUGGCACAGUAA